GGCUAUAACCUUUCGAUGUGAAUCUAGAGUUGUCACAUUGAUUUUUUUCCCCCCUUCUAGUUUUAGGCAUUGGCUUGCGCGAGCAUAAUAUAAGGCGAACUAAAAACAAAACAAAAAACGAUGAGAAGUUAUUAGCGGUCUAUCCAACAUGAAUAAGUGCGGCCAGCUCCCGGUACUCUGUGUUUUAUUAUUGACUUUUCAUGGUGUUUUGUGUAGCGAAUUUGUCAGAAGUAAAUGCGCUCUGUCGAAGCUUAAAUUUCACGACGAGGUUUCAAAUGGCGAUAUCUUCAAGUCGUUUUGGCGUAAUUCAAAGCAGCGAAGAAGUGUGAAUUUUAUGGGAAAUGGACAACAGAAGACUACAGAACAGACACAAACAAAUAAACUGCAAUAUGAAUGCGGCGACCAAAUCUUAACAGUUGUUCUAAAGCAUGCCGAUGCCGUCAAUAUCCGAAUUUAUGGACGGCAUGGAGGCCAGUUUGAAUUUGACCGUUUGCAAGCAUUUUGUGGUGUUUCCAUCAAGACUACAAACACCGAAUUGCACCUGCUAUUCAACUAUGUUUCCUGUUAUGUGAAACAAGAGUCAACAAAACAUGUAUUGUCUCUGAGCUGGUAUGGGACAAAUCUUGACCUGUCAUGUCCUGUAAGGGUGACCCCUCCCUCCAUGGUCUGUAAGAACAAAGUCAUGGAAUUAACGGUGUUUAAUGGGACAGCAGAUGAAAUGUCAGUUGCAGUAAAUGGAGAAUGGGCACCUCUGCUUUAUGUGGCGACUCAAUGCUGGAAACGAAAGCUGUUUAACCAACGAGAUCUCACCUUCUUCGUUAAACAUACAAGCUGCGGUGUCACCGUAGGGAAGAGUCAUUUCAAUCUGGAUUUGAGAUUAAGAGACGAGACGAUCACACUGUCCUGUUCAUAUGAGGAAAUACUAGUGCUUCCACCCAAGAACUCAUGGCUUUCUGUGACAAACCAACCACUGCCACAAAGGGAACUCAAUGUAUACCACAAGCCAUCAACUGGAUUUCCAACAAAAGCAAUAGCCAGUCAGGUUGUGGAGGAGCAAGCGUUUCCUGUUGAGCAACCAGCAAGAAAUGCAGCUAGCUCACCCUCUCUACAUCGCAGAAGUCAUUCGCUGCCUAAAUUACCUUCUUUGCCUGGCUCCUUUAAUCUAGCUGUAAACUUCCCAUUUUCACUACCUGUACCAACACGGCAUGCUAACCGAGGCCAUCUGAUAAGUAAACCUGUGACUCCGACUCCUGAACCAACUUAUACUCCAAUCCCUGAUCCUACUUACUCGAGCUCUGAGUUUAGCUCCAGUGUUCAAAAUGGACAGCCUCAUGUCUCUUAUGAGCAAGAGGAAAUUGCUGUUCCAGUCACUGAGGCUCCUAAAUCUGAAUAUCAAUACAUGCAGUAUCCUUAUAAGUUUGAAAAACCUGCUUCACCUUCCUCUCAAACUGAGCCUUCUCCUGCUCUGGAAUCUCAACUUUCAAGAGGGCCUGUCUCUAGUGCUGCACUGUAUCAGCCUUAUGGGUCUGCUCAGAACUUUCCUAAACUUAAUCCGCUUCAAGUAAAUCCUUCUCUUGCCAGCUUGGUGCAGUAUAUUCCACCUGGUUAUUUCCUAUGCUCUUAUGACAGUCAACAACCGCCAAUUCACCCACACAUGUUUCAGCCUUCUGAUCCAAAUCAGCCAUUACAAUAUCAAAAGCCUGACAUUGCACAACUUGUUAAUCCUGCUGUGCCUCCCAAGAAAGGGUACCCAGAACAACAACUGACUAGUGCUGUAGCUUCUAGCCCUCAUGAUUCUGGUACGCCACUUUUCCAGCCAUCUCAGUUCCAGCAGUACCUUUACCAAAGUAGUUACGGGCGUCAAAGUUCCACUACACCAUUAUCACCUACUUUGCCGCAUAUUCCCAUAAAUCUGCAGCCUCAAACAAGGCCAAAUCCUGCUUUUCAAGAUUCAAGACCCCUCCAGUCACAGUAUUACCAAAAGCCUAGUCAACCUCUUGGGUCAGUCCAACAACCUUGGUCAAUCAGUCACUUUCCUGUUAGAGGGUUGUCUGAACGGUCAAGACCAUUUAUGUCCACUUCAAGCCAGCCACCUGAGUUGCUCCAGUAUCAGACUGGUGGAAACCAAUAUCUAGAUCCAUAUCAGAGGUCUGUUGUCUAUACCCCUGGUACAGGAACCUCAAGUCAUUCACAAUACCAGCCCAGUCCGUUUUCAUAUCCACCAUUUAGACCGGAGAUCUCUUCAGCUGAUGUUUCCACAGAAAAUAUGGGAUCUAGUCCGAGUUUUUUCCAGCCACGGUCCAAAGCUCCAGUUUCCAGUUCACGGGCCCCAAAUAAAAGUAAACAUCCUAUUGCAUCCUUGCCACCACCUGUGCAUCGUCCUUUAUGGGGCAAACCUGAGAAGCAUGUUGCAAAACUUCCUCUCAGUCAGGGUCCUUCAGUCAGGUACAAGCAGAAUCCCCAUGUCCACCCUGAAAGGCCAAGUGAAACAAGAAGUCCGAAACCUCAGAAUGACACAAUGCCACUGCGCCAGUUCUUCAGACAGGCAAGCAUACCGAAGGAUGUUUACGUGCCUCCACACUUCAGGUCUACCUCACAAUAAGGGCAAUCUGCAAAAAAGCAUCACACUCUGGGUCGUAUUUCUACAUGCCUCUAGCUGCUGAUGCUCACAAUUAAUGUGGUUGGUGUACUAUGUACAGUGACGUUUAUUUGGAAAGUGAAAUCAUGUGUUGUGAACCUGGCUUGAAUUAAACCAUGUGUUCUAUUGAUAAUACAAUAAAUAUUUUGUGCUUAAUGCAUUAGG